AUGGAGACAGGUAGCGACAACCGUGGUCGUGGCUCUGGUCGUGGUCGUGGCGGCGGUGGUGGAGGAGGAAAUCGUGGUGGUAGAGGUGGGAAUUACCAACGUCACCAGCACCAUCAGCAGGGUCAGUAUCAAGGUGGUGGUGGUGGUGGUGGAGGAAGAGAAGGGGGUGAUGGCGGAAGAGGAGGGGGUGGGGUUCCUACCCAGAUUGGUGGUCAGCAGCGGGGUAAUUGCCCCGUUGAAAAAGGUCAGAGUGGUGGCGCGUACAGGCCACCACAACUACGGAAUGAUCAGGGUCUGGGGCCUACAAGGGUCGAACCAAGUGAAGGGCAUGGGAGAGGUGGGUCUGUUGUGGGACCAGCAGGUGGUGAAAGAGGAGUGUGGACUGGGAGGCCUUGGGCACUCAUUUUUGGGUCGUCUCCGUCUCCGUCUCCGUCUCCGAGGGUUCCUGAUCAAACGAUUCCUA